UGUGUCAGUAAGACGAAGUGCUGUCUGGGGAGGGCAGAUACGAGAUUAGCGGAGACACUCCCCCCUUUCCUGGAGGGGCACAGUGUGCGGAAAAGAUGGGCUUUAGGCUGGCAACGGGGAAGGAGGUAAUUACAAAGUGCUUGGCUGGAAGUUGGUGCCCGGCCAGGCUUUGGAGAGACGUGGAAAAUCACCUGUCUCCCUCCCCUCCUCCCCUGGUCGGUUUGCCACAUGGGAUCCAGCAGCAGGACUGGUUUGCACCAAGUGCUCCCAAAGACAUGGGGUAGCCCUCUGGGCUGUUAGCCUGUCCACAGCUGCUGGCGGGACUCCUCCUGGGGGAGAGAAAACACGUUUUUAUUAAAGUCAAAAAUUUUUUCUGACCCUCAGUCGAGGACAUAUCCCAACCACUUGGACCAUUUUUGUGCGUGUGAUUUUGAAUUUAGGAAUAGAAAAGUGGCCCGGGCCGUCCGCGGGAGGGUAUAGGUUGAGACUGCCUUCCUCAUCAAUGGGACAAUAAAUCCAGCUAGACAGGAUUCAAGCAGAGUGCUCGGUGAAAUGACGUGCCUUUGCUCUACUAUUUUAUAUGAUUCUAAAUUUGAUAGAGGGUCUAACAAAUUUUAAGGGGUUCUGUGUUCUUUAAAUGGUCACACAAAUAUGUGACAUACAUAAGUGCAUUGAUCACAAGCCCACUAUAGUUUUUUUCAAUCAGCUACUAACUGGGGAUGGGGACUUUUCCUCCUCACCUCUUCAUAAUAAUGUAAAUGUAAAGAGGUGGUUUAUAAUGGAAAUGUACAUUAAGCUCUAGUGAGGAUGGGAAGACUAUAUGCAGAAUGGCUGUAGAGAACUGAAAUUGAUAGAUUUAUAGAGGAAUUGAUUUCUUUACAUUAAAUAUUGCUAACCAGGAAUAAUAGUCCCCAGGGUAAGGCAUUUGAGAUGGGGGUGGGGGGGGGGGCGAACAACCAAAAGUGAUUACAUCACUCUCCCCUCAAGCAGUAUUAGCACAAGAAGUCGGAGGAUGGGUUUAUCAGUGACAGAUAGUUUGCAAACAUAACCCUACCUCUGCUCUGCAUUCUUGAUAUAUAUGGCCCCUUUCUUUUUGGAAGGCGUAACUCACCUGGACUAGUCUUGUUAGACAGUAACAUUAAAUGUGUGCUGGUAAUAGGCAGAUCUUCAUUCCUGUUGAGAUGUUGCAUUAUUAUUCCCUAGUGGCUAGUGUUAACUUUAGUAUGUUUGGUAGAAGGAGAUUUUUCUUUAAAUUGUGCUUUCUAAUGUGGUACAUUUGUAACAGUGUUUAAGUUCUGAGUUGUCAGUGAGUUAUGCAGGAAUGAAAUUAAACAUCCUGAGUUCUUGAUCCCUUCUGCUUUUAAUAUAUACAGGAGGCAUUUAAGGACUGUAAAAUAUACCUUAAAUAUAGCAUUCUGAUGCAUUUGUAAGAUUUUUAAACCAAGGCAUGACCAGGCUCUCCAUAAACCCAGAUGCACUAGGGAAAGAAAAAAAAAAAAAAAGAAAAAAAAAAAAGCUCCGGGCUGCAGCAUAUCAGCUUUUGUCAACCUGCCAACAGCGGAGCGUACCAUGCUGCAAGGAGUAAUAAAAAAGGAAUUAGAGAACUCAGUGCUGGAGGAGAAGAGUCAAAUUAAACACCUUUUUGAAACGAUGAGCAUGUAUACAUUGCAGUUCUAUGAAAUGUGGGCUCUUCCUGAGGCUGGGAUUGUGUUAAGACUGGAUCUAGAAGAGAAAUGAUGGAGCAGGAGUGGUCUGGUGACAUUUUUCUGACUUGAUUGGCUGGGGUGUGUGAUGUAAUAGGUUACAGUGCAGCCCCUUAUAGGUUUUAAAAUGAAUUCCAAGACACCAUUACAAAGAAAGCCGGACUCUUUUCUUAUAACUGAGCUCAGCCAAGGAAACUCUCGCACAAAUGUACAACACUGUUUGGAAUAUGGAAGACCUGGAUUUAGAAUAUGCUAAGACAGAUAUAAAUUGUGGCACAGACUUGAUGUUUUAUAUAGAAAUGGAUCCACCAGCAUUGCCUCCUAAACCACCCAAACCCACUACUGUAGCCAACAACGGUAUGAAUAACAAUAUGUCCUUACAAGAUGCUGAAUGGUACUGGGGAGAUAUCUCAAGGGAAGAAGUGAAUGAAAAACUUCGAGAUACAGCUGAUGGGACCUUUUUGGUACGAGAUGCAUCUACUAAAAUGCACGGUGAUUAUACUCUUACACUAAGGAAAGGAGGAAAUAACAAGUUAAUCAAAAUAUUUCACCGAGAUGGGAAAUAUGGCUUCUCUGACCCACUAACCUUCAACUCUGUGGUUGAACUAAUAAACCACUACCGGAAUGAGUCCCUAGCUCAGUAUAAUCCCAAACUGGACGUGAAAUUACUUUAUCCAGUAUCCAAAUACCAACAGGAUCAAGUUGUCAAAGAAGAUAAUAUUGAAGCUGUAGGGAAAAAAUUACAUGAAUAUAACACUCAAUUUCAAGAAAAAAGUCGAGAAUAUGAUAGAUUAUAUGAAGAUUAUACCCGUACUUCCCAGGAAAUCCAGAUGAAAAGAACAGCUAUUGAAGCAUUUAAUGAAACCAUAAAAAUAUUUGAAGAGCAGUGCCAAAGCCAAGAACGGUACAGCAAAGAAUACAUAGAAAAAUUUAAACGGGAAGGCAAUGAGAAAGAAAUACAAAGGAUUAUGCAUAAUUAUGAAAAGUUGAAGUCUCGCAUCAGCGAAAUUGUGGACAGUAGAAGACGACUGGAGGAGGACUUGAAGAAACAGGCAGCUGAGUAUCGGGAGAUUGACAAGCGCAUGAACAGCAUUAAACCAGACCUCAUUCAGCUGAGAAAGACAAGAGACCAAUACUUGAUGUGGUUGACUCAGAAAGGUGUUCGGCAGAAGAAGCUGAACGAGUGGCUGGGCAAUGAGAACACUGAAGACCAAUACUCGCUGGUGGAGGAUGAUGAGGAUUUGCCGCACCACGACGAGAAGACAUGGAAUGUCGGCAGCAGCAACAGAAACAAGGCUGAAAACCUACUCCGGGGGAAGCGAGAUGGUACCUUCCUGGUUCGGGAAAGCAGUAAACAGGGCUGCUAUGCCUGCUCGGUAGUGGUGGAUGGCGAAGUGAAGCACUGUGUCAUCAACAAAACGGCAACUGGCUACGGCUUUGCCGAGCCCUAUAACCUGUACAGCUCCCUGAAAGAGCUGGUGCUACAUUACCAACACACCUCCCUCGUGCAGCACAACGACUCCCUCAACGUCACACUAGCCUACCCGGUAUAUGCACAGCAGAGGCGAUGAAGCACUUGUCCUCUGAUCCUUCUCCUGGAGCUCAACCACCCCGAGGCCUCUGGAAAGCACAGGGCUCCUCUCCAGCCUGACCUGUAAUUGAGCUGAGGAAAUGCAGCCAUCUGCCUUCAGAUGGGACUCGAGCUUUCGACAAAAAAGUAGAGGGGAAGAUACGCAGCCUAGCACUGUGCCAGGACCACACGUUUCUGGAGUCCUUGUCCUUUUUUUUAAAUUUUUUUUUUUAUUUUUUAUUUUUUGGUUUAAUUUAAAGCCACAAGGACACACGACACAAAGAGAAAAAGAAAUGCAAAAAUCUCUGCGUGCAGGGACAAAGAGGCCUUUAACCAUGGUGCUUGUUAAUGCUUUUUGAAGCUUUACCAGCUCAAAGUUGGGACCUUGUAGACCAGAGGGUGGACGGGCUCAAGAGCCCUGGCCUGGGGACGCUCGAGCCGGGCUGCUUCAGCCUGGGUAUGGGCUGUGCACGGUGGACCCAGACACAUCGCACUGUGGAUUAUUUCAUUUUCUAACAAAUGAACGGUAUGUAGCAGAAAGGCACUUCGGCUCACCAGAGACGUUUUGGGAGAACGUCCGCUCACCUACGUUCAGAGGAAAUUCUGGUGUAGCUGAAUGCCAGAAAGUGUUUCCUUUAAACUUCAAAAACCACCACGCCAACAGAAAAAUGGAGCUUGGAAAACCGGACUUUAAAGGACAUUCAUUAUAUAAAAUAUGUACAUAACAAUGGAUGACUAACUAUCAAAUAGAUGGAUUUGUAUCAAUACCAAAUAGCUUCUGUUUUGUUUUCCUGAAGACUAAAUUCACAGUGCUAUGCAAUUCUUAAUUUUCAUUGUUCUCAGUUUUAAAUGUACCUUCAGAAUAAGCUUACCCCAUCCCAAUUUUUGUUGCCUGAAAAUAUUAUUGUCCCUAAUUUUUUUUUGUUAAUAUUCAUUUUGUGAUUCUUUUUUUUUUUUUUAAAGAAGAAAUGUGUACAGGAUGCCAGUAAAAAAAAAAAAAAAAAAAAAAUGGCUUCAGAAUUAAAACUAUGAAUUAUUUUACACUUUUUCUUGUACAGAGUACUUGGCUGUUAGCCCAAGUUUAAAAAGUUCAUAACAGAUUUUUGUGGACUAAAUGUUUUGUUGGGCAGUGCCUGAUAAGCUUCAAAGCUGCUUUAUUCAAUAAAAAAAAGAGAAAGAUAUAUGAAAAUGACAAAGUAUUGCUGAGUUCAACAAUGUUGUUUCAAAACUCUUAAAAUACGGUACCAGGUAAUGUGUGCUUCAUUAAGAAUUGUGAACUUCUUGAAUCUGGGGUGGGGGUGGGGGGGAGAGGUAGCAAAGGGAUGUACAGGUGGGGGGAGGGAGGGCUAGGAUGGUUUGCACUUUCUCCUGAUUACAGAGAAAUGAGUAACUACGUCACUCUUUUCCCACUUGGAUCUGCGAGUUAUUACACAUUAAUUACAAGUACAAGACCUACUGGAACGCUAACACCAUGGAGCAGGUCAGAGCAUCUAGUUCUUAGGAAGAAAGGGAGCCUCCUGGGGCAGUGUCUGCCUUUGUUUGGACCACUGUUUUCAAGGUAUCAUCGCUGCAUUUAGACCAUGUGUCUCUCCAACGUUAGACUACCCAUUGCAACCAUAAACCUUCAUUUUGGAAGAAGCAUGAUCUGAAAAACUAUUUUCAAUCUGCCCAUGUGUUAUUUUCCUAGCUUUCCAUUCAAUUGAGAUCAUAAAGCAAAUAAACAGGAUCCUCACCGUUACCGCGUUGGGCUGUGUCGAGCUCGUUAAGGUCCUGGCCGCUUCAGGAGUCCUGACAGUGCUUCUCAUUCAUCAGAGUCACUGUGUGUGUUACACAUCACUGUGGGGAAAGGAAGAGGUUUUAGAGUGUUCUUUCCAAUUCUGGGCAAGAGGGAGAGGUCUCUCUCCCUGACUGGCAUAUGCUAAGUCCAUUCUGUUCCACGGAAACUGUCCAUUUUUGGGGGGAGCAGCACAGGAUCAGUGUGACGGUCCCUUUCCGGGUAGGGUCAAACAGGAUCUUAAAAAAAAAUCACAGUUUUCCUUUCCCAGGAGUGGUUCAGCCACGGCUUGCUUUCUGACACUGGGGAGGGGUUUUUGUUUUGGUUUUCAGUGUUGUUCCUUUUAAAACUUCUUCUGAAAAUAAUCAGUCUAGCCGCUGACUUCAUCAACUGUAGAAUGUAUUUCUUUCUUCUUUACAUGAUGCUAUGAUGCUAUCCAUACCAAGAGCAAUAGUCAGUCUUAACGGCCGGACUGUCAGCCUUCACACUUGACUGUACUGAUCUGACCGCCUCCCUCUCAUCACACAACUGAGGAUCCCCCUGGGUGUAGUCUGUAAGUGUCAACUUUAAAAACACCCUUCCCCUUCACACACAAGUCUGACGACUAAUUAAGAGUGGUUUAUCAACUAGCAUUUUGGUGGGGUUUUUUUGAUAGCACAUCCACGUAUGCUGUUAGGUAGAAUUUUCAUUUACUAUCUGAAAUACAAGACUGAAGAUGGAAUGUUUCAUGCCAAGUUUUGUUAAUGUUUCUGGUUCAACACUGGUGAGGUGGCAUGGUAUUCAGGCACCUGCCUUAUUUUUGCGUUUCGCAAACAUAAAUGCAAGAGGAAAGUUUCUCUUUGAACAGCAGAGGCAGGAUUCAUCAUUCCCUGUUAUGUCGUAACUCACUAGAUCUGUGAUGUUACAUCUCUGCCAAACGCCUUUUUAAUUGCGUGUGGCAUACCCACCACAUUCGUCCUUAUAGAUGUUUGACCAGAAGGGCUCUUUGCGUUCAAUCAGACAGUCUUCUCCUAAUAACACUGAGUGGCUCGUGAGUAUGAAUGGAUACAGCAGAGGCAUUCCUGAUAACAUGCUUUUAUGCAUGCAUUGAUUCUCCCCACCCAGUGUAGCAUCCUAAAGAUAAAAGCCAGACGCUAAGCUAGCUGCAGAGAGGCUGGGAUAGGGCUGUACAAGUGGGAGCACCGGGACCUGAUCGUACACACGGAAGAAAAAUCAGAACCGUGUGAAAAGGCAAAAAGCAUGUGUUUGCAACAUCUGACAAGUUCACGGCCCUUGAUAUAUGUAUAUAUGUAUAUGUGCAUGGACUGUUUCCAGUACACCUUUCAGCCACAACAGAUCCACAGUCGUCGAGUUCAAGUACAUAACAAGCAAAUGUCUAGUACAAUUCUUGUGUAUGUGUAUGGGUGGUUCGUUGUUUUUUUUCCUUUGAAGUUGCUUUGUCUUAAAAAGGUGAAAACUUUGCAAGUGAAGUGAGAAGUUCAUAAUUCUUUGGCUUUUUUUCUGCUUUUAAAAGUUACUCCUUUGGGGGAGCUGGUCUGGAUGACUCACUUAACUUGGAAAUCCUCAUUUUCGGUGUGUCGAGUCACAAUGUGUUUAUGUGAGCUGUCACUGUGGGGAAUCAAUUGCUUUGUCAUAUAGCUGGUUAUGAACUAGUGACGUGUUUGGGAGUCCUACUGAUGUUCCUUAAUGGGAGAAAAACUCUGCUGGUUUUAACACCUGUGCUUUUGCUAUGCAUGGUAUCCAAGUAGUUGGAGAACAGACCCUGAAAUCUGAGUUCAGGGCCUUUUAAGAAAGGGGCAGUUUAAAGCACAAUGCCUCACAUGGGACAAAGUUUGAAAAUACCAAAUUCCCACUUUCUAAAAAUCUAGUUGUAUAAAAUAUUAGUAUUAUGAGUAGCAAGGGAACAGAAUUGGGUUCAUUGGAAACACUAUUCAACUUAAGGUUAAACUUGUCACCAUGAGAUAGCAUUAGCUGCCCGGGAUGCUGCUAUUAAAAAAAAGAAAAAAAGAAAAAAAAUUAAAAAAAAAAAAAAGCAAAACAAAAAAAACUCAUUUUUAUGUGUGUAUUUUUUAAAAGCUACGAUCUGUUCAAUGUUUUUACAAAUCUGUUUAUAUGACAUUGUUAAAAUAAAGUUGGUCUUUUGACGAGAGGGAGGAUGUCAUGGUCAGUUGUAAUUUUGCCUUUACAAGGCAACGGGGGUGGGGGAGGGCGGGGGGAGUGUGCCUCCUUGACAUUUUGUUCAAGCUAUAGAUUCAAUGGAGCUAUGUCUUGUUGUUUUAAGUUGCUUUGAUGCAUUGUAUUAGGUCUUCAAACAGAAUAAAGGUUGUUUUGAAACUGAA